UGGAAUAUCUCUGUCAAAGAAGUUAGUGCAAGUGAAGAGCUGGGUACUAGUGGGUAUCAUACUCCAGAUCGUUUAUUACACACUAGUGACACUACACAGAAAGUAGUGGCAAUGGCAGCUGUUGGCGAGCAAUUAACGCUAGCGAGAGAUGUGAAGAGAGCUAUUGAGCUUCUUGAAAAACUGGAAAAGAGUGGAGAAGUGCCAGCUACAAAACUUGCUGCACUACAUAAGGUACUCCAGAGUGAUUUUCUCAAUGCUGUCAGGGAAGUCUAUGAGCAUGUUUAUGAGACAGUAGAUAUUCAAGGAUCACAGGAUAUACGGGCCUCUGCAACAGCUAAGGCAACUGUAGCAGCUUUUGCUGCUAGUGAAGGACAUGCCCAUCCUAGAGUAGUAGAAUUACCUAAAACAGAAGAAGGGCUUGGCUUUAAUGUUAUGGGUGGAAAAGAACAAAACUCUCCUAUAUACAUAUCCCGCAUAAUUCCCGGAGGUGUAGCAGAUCGUCAUGGAGGCCUGAAGAGAGGAGAUCAGCUACUUUCUGUGAAUGGUGUUAGUGUGGAGGGUGAGAACCAUGAGAAAGCAGUAGAAUUGCUUAAGCAAGCACAGGGCUCUGUGAAACUGGUUGUGAGGUACACACCAAAGGUACUGGAAGAGAUGGAGAUGCGUUUUGAUAAGCAGAGAGCAGCACGUCGGCGUCAGUUCCAGUAAAUGUACACAAUGAUUUAAGUAUAAGAGAACAAAUUAAAAUGCAUUUUUUGUUUGAUAUGGCAAUCAGUUUCAAGCAUUGAUAAAUUCAUACUGAAUGUUUCAACCUCUUUCUGGGAACCAGGGUAGCUUCAGUACAACAGCGAAUAUUAAUACUAAUUAAAUUAUAGAAAAAGAAAAAUUAGUCCUUGCAUGAAGAGACUGUGUUAUGUACAAAAGCCUGAUACCAAAACUUUUGCCAUGAACUUCACAUCCUAAACAUGUAUUAUUACUCUUUUUAUUUGUGAUAAUCUCACAGUGGAUGAAGAUCAAGAGGUCAUUUAUUAGAUGUGACUGAGUGUACAUGAUGUAAGUGUAUACACAUGCUUAUUAAAAAUUUAUGGUUUGAUUACAUGAAGCCACAUUAAAAAUCACUGUUCAAAUUAAGAUAAUUGUUCCAAUAUUGGCAGCAAAAUGAUUAAGUAUUUAUAAAUGUUUAGGUCAAUUAACAGAAGACAGUGAUAAAAGCUGUAGCCCCAGGUGUAGCCAUUAUUCAGUUUAUACAUAUUCAAGCUAUUUUCUAGGCGGCCAUUCCUCAGUAUUACUGUUUUGCACAAUGAAUGCGUGGUAACUUCUUUAUGUUAGCUGUGCUUCUGUUGGCACUGUAUAGUUAUUUAAUUUGUAAUUGAUACUUGCAAACAGAAAGUCAUUUAAUAUUGAUGCAAGAUCUCAUUCUUUGCUGCCUCAUAUUUUCCAGAAGAUAGGUUAUGCCACUUACGCUGAAAAUGAACCAUAUCAUGAUUUCAGUAUAUAUACUAAGAUGGUAUCUGUUCUUUCGGACAUGUCCGAAAGAACAGAUACCUUGACGAUCUUCUUCUUCUGUGCGAAUGCACAAACAGUGCCCAAACUCUUAAGGGAAUCGGCAACACG